GAAAUUUAUUUGAUAAAUUUUGAAAAAAUUCUAGAAGGAAUAUAAUAUUUUGCGAAUUAUCAAAAUUGAAUAAAUUGCGUAAUAAACAAAAAAAAUCAAGCAAAUUAAAUUAAAAAAUAAAUAAAUAAAACACAAUUGUUAGAAGAUUAUAGAGCUAUAUCAAUCAAAAUAUUAAAAUAAGAUGGGUAGCCAAGUUACAAAAGAACAAUACUAAGAAAAGAUAACUGAAUGUCAUAAUAGGUAUGAUGAUCUAGUGUAUUGUUAAAGAGAGUUUGGGUUUAAUGAUCUUAAGUGCAAAAAUGUUUAUCUUCAAAAAUACUAGAAGUGCAUUCAAGAAUAAGUAUACAAUCAAACAUGCAAAAUAACAACAAAAAAACAAUAUUUAAAAUUUUUCAUUUAUUUAAGUUUUAAUGUUAUUGAUUGUUUGCUUGUUUGUUUAUUUGUUUCUACUUCCAAAAAUAAAUUGUAAUUUUUACAAAUACUUUUUAAUUAUUUUAAAAGGAAAAGAUGAAAAAGAACUUGAAGGAAUGAAAUAAUUUUUAACGUGUGUGCCACAGCUAAAAAUUAGAUAGAUUGUUCUUAAAAUUAUUAAUUAAAUUAGAAAAUUUGUUAAAGAUGAUUUAACAUUUAUAUAAACUUAAAAUAUAGUUAUAACUUUAUGUCAAAAUGAACAAAAUCGGUUGCUUAUUAAAACUUUCAUCAAAAAUAUAAAAGGAAUCAAUGAAGGGAAAUAUAUUAUGUAAAAAGCAAGCAUUUUAUGUAAAUGUAAAAACUACAAUUUUAAAAAAUAUUGUUAAUUAGUUCUUUUUUAUAUUUAAUUAUAUAUUCUAUCUAUCAAUCUAUUCAGCUCUUUACUUCGUAUUUACUUAUUUACUAAUAAUCCAACUAAAUAAUUAACUAACUGACUAAGUAACUCACAACUUAGGAGUGGGUUUUUCCCAGCCGGGUGCAAGCUUGGUAAUUUCAGUAAUGUAUUUCUUCAUGGCAUCUUCUUUGCUCAUUUUGCCAAGGGCUUUCCAGGCAUCGUAUUUAGCUCUUUCAACAACUUUUAGACGAGAAGGUUGAGGACCUUUGCAAGGACCAUCCUUAAUCUAUCUGAAGAUGGCGUAGAAAGUAAGUCUUUGGGUGUUGUCCAUAUCAAUGGGAGGGUAAUCAGCAGGAGGAUUCUUGAUGAAUUCUAAAGCCUUGUUGUAUCUUUCUUCUAAGCUAGUCAUUUGUUUGUUUUUUUAUUAGUUUUUAACUACUUUUGUUUCUUUUUGAAAUUUAAUUGUUUGUAAUUUUACAAAUUAAUUAAUAAUAUUUAUUAAUUGAUAUCUUUUUUUACCUCUUUUUUUGAAUGGUAUUGCCAAAUUAAGGAUUAAUAGUGC